AUGUCCACCUCGGACGCUGACGAUGAUAGGGAGGUUGCCCGCAAACAUUUGUUCCUAACCGAGUUUUUUGGUAUACAUCCCCGUGCACUUGUCGACUCCUUGGUCAUAUCAGCCAACGAGCAUCUAUACCUUCUGGGCUCUCAACUGGAACAGCACGUGCGCGAGCAUCUAGGCGACUCUGCGGAGGCGGAUCGAGAUGCGGAGCAGGGCGUGCAUGCUAUUACGACACUGCUGGAACAUGCCAUUGACCACACCAUGGAUACUUUUGAGCUCUACUGCCUACGCUCUAUUUUUGUUGUGACGCCUGAGCAGUCUCGUUGGGUGACUAUGUCGCACCACCGUGGCUUGGACCUGCGACCAGAAGCUAACUCGCACAAAAUAACAGACGACCAUAUUCCAGAAGAAAGAUCAGGGAACACAAUUUCCGAUGCUGAGGAUCAAUUGCGUCGUCGAAUCGCUUGCGCUCGAGCAACGCAGCAUCGUCUUGCCCAGGCAGAAGCUGCAUCUAAAGUGCUUUUGGAGCGAGCCCAAGCAGUCGCUAAAGCUUACGCUUUUAUCCUGAAUGGCGCUAGGAGAUUGACUGUUGGAAGCGAGGCUCCAUCUUCUGCUCUGAUAAAUAUGGCCGAUGAAGUGUCAUCCAAUGUGUACAGCGUAAUGGAAGCACUGGACUCCCUUCGUGGGUCCGAUCCACUCCGCGUCGCUCUUUCGUGCCCACAAGGUCCUGAUCAUGACUCGGAUGAUACAGCAUUGGACAAUCGUCGCGAGUGGGAGAAAGGCCGUGACGAAUAUCUAAAUUGGGAAGCCAACCGCAUCCUGGCAAGCAUGAAGCGGACUGGCUCCACUGUCUGA